AUGAAGAAAGGAAUAUCCUUUAUAUGGGAUGAAGCUUUCCAGAAAGCAUUCAAGGAGAUUAAGCAAUAUCUCUCUAAUCUGCCUAUAUUGGUUGCACCGAAGUUAGGUAAAUCUUUCUUGAUAUAUAUCCGGGUUAUAGAUCAUGCAUUGGCAGGACUCUUAGGACAAGAUAAUGAAAAUGGCCAUGAGCAAGCUAUCUACUAUCUUAGUAGGACUUUAUCGGGUGCUGAACCUCGUUAUCCUCUUAUUGAGAAAGAAUGUUUGGCACUAGUAUUCACAGUCCAGAAGAUGCGAUAUUAUUUGGUUGGGCAAACCAUACAUAUCAUUUUCCAGACCAAUCCUAUUCGGGUAUUCAUGACACAACCCAGCGCGUUGAACUGGCGACUCGCUAGAUGGGUAUUGUUACUCUCCCAAUAUGAUAUUCAUUUCAAACCUCAAAAGACAGUAAAAGGUCAAGCUAUUUGUGACCUUAUGGCCAACCAUCCAUUGAAGGGGAAGGUGGAAUCGUAUCAGGACAUACCAGAUGAGACGUAUGAAGCUAAUGUUGUUUCUAAAGAGCAGGUAUGGCAACUAUAUUUUGAUGGUGCAGCAAGAGCAAGUCUUGCUGGUCGAGUUGUUGCCGGAGUAGGACCGAAUACAAUGCUUUAUUGGUCGGCCUUGCUUGAUAUAGCUAGACAGCUGGGGGUGAAGCACCUAAUAGCAUAUGGCGAUUCGCAACUUAUUGUUAAUCAGAUGAAGGGAGAAUAUGAAGUUAGGAAUGAAGACCUCAUUCCUUAUCAUACCGCAACGAUCAUGUUGGCUGAUUCAUUUGAGGGCUUCUACAUUGACUAUGUACCCCGUCUCAAGAAUACUUAUGCUGACGCGUUGGCGUCACUUGCAGCCACGUUGGCUCUACCUGAGAGAGCUGCCUAA